UGCUCCCACCCCUCAAGCUAGGCUGAGCUGUGCCUACGUCGGCCUCGACUCCCGGGGGCUGGAGGAGUUACCUUUGGAGCCCGAAAGGAGGAAGGAAGCAAAAUAUCAACAACAGUCGAGGCGGCUCGGGCGCUUGGUCCCGGUCCCUAGCUUGCCCGACGUCCGCCUGCCCGCCCCCGCGCGCACGACGGGGGCCCAGGCCCCCCGGCGCCGCCCAGGGCCCGCGCGGACGCCGGCCUCAUUUAUUAUUCCUCCCGCCCGGAGCUGCGGCUUCCCGGUGUUGAAGAUCCCCGGGACCAGGGGCGAGGGUUACCCUCUCCCUGCCGUGACACCCCAUUUCCCUCAAGGGACUGAUCCUGGGGUCAGCCCUGCUACCCUCUUCCUCCUACGUUCCUCCUCCGUCUCCAUCAGGAAGGGCCACCCUACCCCAGGAGGUCUGCCCUGCCCAGAGUUGCCCUGCCCUGUCCUUGAGUCCGGGCUUUCAGAGAACCUGCAGUGAAGUGGAAUGGCCAAAGGGGAACGAGGAUCAUGAGAACAGAGAGGGUUCUCUCCCGAUGUGGAAGAGGAGACAACAGAACUGGCCAGCCUCUGCUGAGAACACAAGUAGGCCGUGUGGAAGGUGUCCUGCAGACCAUGAACUGAGUGCUGGUCCCAGACGUUCAUGAGCACAGAGUGAGGUGUGCUGAGACUUACCACCCAGCAGCUCCUCCCCUCCCUAGCACUGAGGACCUCCAGAGAAGAUGGGGAGGAAAAAGAUUCAGAUUCAGCGAAUCACCGAUGAGCGGAACCGACAGGUGACAUUCACCAAGCGGAAGUUUGGGCUGAUGAAGAAGGCGUAUGAGCUGAGCGUCCUGUGCGACUGUGAGAUUGCCCUCAUCAUCUUCAACCACUCCAACAAGCUGUUCCAGUACGCCAGCACUGACAUGGACAAGGUGCUGCUCAAGUACACUGAGUACAAUGAGCCGCACGAGAGCCGCACCAACGCCGACAUCAUCGAGACCCUGAGGAAGAAGGGCUUCAACGGCUGCGACAGCCCAGAGCCCGACGGGGAGGACUCGCUGGAACAGAGCCCCCUGCUGGAGGACAAGUACCGGCGCGCCAGCGAGGAGCUGGACGGGCUCUUCCGGCGCUAUGGGUCAGCUGUCCCUGCCCCCAACUUUGCCAUGCCUGUCACCGUGCCCGUGUCCAAUCAGAGCUCACUGCAGUUCAGCAACCCCAGCGGCUCCCUGGUCACCCCUUCCCUGGUGACAUCAUCCCUCACAGACCCACGGCUCCUGUCCCCCCAGCAGCCAGCACUACAGAGGAACAGUGUGUCUCCAGGCCUGCCCCAGCGGCCAGCCAGUGCAGGGGCCAUGCUGGGGGGAGACCUCACCAGUGCUAAUGGAGCCUGUCCCAGCCCUGUAGGGAAUGGCUAUGUCAGCGCUCGGGCUUCCCCUGGCCUCCUCCCUGUAGCCAAUGGCAAUAGCCUAAACAAGGUCAUCCCUGCCAAGUCUCCACCCCCGCCCACCCACAGCACCCAGCUUGGAGCCCCCAGCCGCAAGCCUGACCUGCGGGUCAUCACUUCCCAGGGAGGAAAGGGGUUAAUGCAUCACUUGGAACCUGGGCCAGUAUUGGGGUCGUGGCCACAGGGCCAGCAUAUGGGGCCUUCCUCUUUGCAUGUUUUGAAGAACAAUGCCCAGCGCCUUGGGGUCUCCCAGUCUACCCACUCGCUCACCACCCCGGUGGUUUCCGUGGCAACACCAAGUUUACUCAGCCAGGGACUCCCCUUCUCUUCCAUGCCCACCGCCUACAACACAGAUUACCAGUUGACCAGCGCAGAGCUCUCCUCCCUCCCGGCCUUCAGCUCUCCUGGGGGGCUGUCGCUAGGCAACGUCACCGCCUGGCAACAGCCACAGCAGCCCCCUCAGCCCCCGCAGCCGCAGCCUCCGCAGCCACAGCCACAGCCACAGCCGCAGCAGCCACAGCAGCCACAGCAGCCGCAACCACCUCAGCAGCAGCCCCACCUGGUCCCUGUGUCUCUCAGCAACCUCAUCCCGGGCAGCCCCUUGCCCCAUGUGGGUGCUGCCCUCACGGUCACCACCCACCCGCACAUCAGCAUCAAGUCAGAACCGGUGUCCCCAAGCCGUGAGCGCAGCCCUGCGCCUCCCCCUCCAGCUGUGUUCCCUGCUGCCCGCCCUGAGCCUGGUGAUGGUCUUAGUAGCCCAGCAGGGGGAUCCUAUGAGACCGGGGACCGGGACGACGGACGGGGGGACUUCGGGCCCACACUGGGCCUGCUGCGCCCAGCCCCUGAGCCUGAGGCCGAGGGCUCCGCAGUGAAGAGGAUGCGGCUCGACACCUGGACAUUAAAGUGACGAUUCCCACUCCCCUCCUCUCAGCCUCCCCGAUGAAGAGUUGACAAUCUCACCGCCCACCCCUCCCCGUCCUGGGCUCCUCCCGCUCGACCCCCACUUCCUUUCUUGUGCUCCGUGUCCUGUUGACGGUUACAUUUGUGUAUAAUUAUUAUUAUUAUUAUAUUAUUAUUAUUAUAUUUUUUUUAAUUUGGAUUCUCGCUUUCGAGAGAGGGAUGCUCUCAUCCCUUCUUUCUUUCCCCCACCAUUUUCACUGGCAGGGGGCUCUCUUUUUGCGGGAAGGGGGGGACACUUUGCACGUUGUACACAUAUGCUGCAGGAAGCGGGGGGCCCAGUAGGCCUUUGGGAAAGGACAGGUGCCGAGCCCUGCAUGUGGAGCCCCCCACGCCAUCCCCCAGACAGAGGGAAAGAACCAAAAACUACCAUACAACAAGAACCCAUACAGUAGGCUGAAGGCCCGAGGUUGGCCAGGUGGUUCGUGUGUCGGGGUGUGAGGAGGCAGAGGCUCUCUGCUGCUGGCUCUCCACAUGGCCGUAGGCACAUGAGGCCCAAGCCUGGCCCCUGAAUACGCCUGCACACACGGUACCCUCACUGCCUCUUGUGUGCUGCACCUCAAGGUUGUGGGUGCUAGCUGAGCUUCUGGGCUGGGAAGGCUGCUUGGGAACCUGGGACUGGGGACAGGGGUUUGAGGUGGGGGCCUCUCUGGAAGCACAUUUGGAGAAAAAGACAGAGAGCCAUGAGGAGAGGGCUGAGGAGGAUAGAAGGGCUGGGCAAGGGGUGAAUGGGGGCCCCUUCCCUCCCCCCAGCUUUCUCUCUAGGAUAUACAGUGCAAUAGCUCCCACCCCUCAGUUGACCCCAGCCCUGUAAAGCUGGCCUCAAUCUGCAGGGAGACCUGGGGAGAGGAACUCUAGGGAGGUGGCUCCAGGGCUGGGCCAGAGUGGGGCCCUGGGCUUCCCUGGGGUGCCUGAGGGCAGGUGUGGGGAGGGGACUUCCUCUGCCUUGCACGCAUGCUUCCCUGAGGAGUGGACACUGGGCUGGUCUGCGGGGCAGGAGUCCCUACAGAUGAGUUCCAUCCGUAGCGGGCGCUGCCCUGAUCCCGCCCGGGCCCUCCCCAGCCCCUCCCAGCUCCUGCUCCCCUCCUCACCCCCUGCUCUUGGCACCCUCAUUGUCUCGCUACCUCCUUGUCCCACCACCUCCAGGCCGCGUCCCACCUUCCCUCUUGGCUACUGUAAUUGUAAAUAGCAACCUUUGGAAAACGUUAGAGGUGUAACAGUCCAGGAAACUGUUGUUGUUUUUUUUUGUUGUUGUUGUUGUUGUAUUGAUAUGAAAUGAGAUUCUAUUUUUGUCAAAGUAUAUUGUAAUAAUAAUGACUCAAACGGCCCGUACUGUACAGAUGA